AUGAGCCAAGGCGAACCCCCUCCGGCGCCGCCAAAGGACAUGGUUGUAGACCACUCGUCGUUGUUCCAGUCCGCCCGACGCCAGAUGGCAGCACGCGAUGCUGAAGCCAUGCGGCGCGCGCGCUGGGCAGUGCCCUAUUCUUCAGACUCGGAGCCACCGUCGUCAAGAUCGUCACACGGCCACGGAAGCCUCCUGUCGCCUGGAACGGGGAGUAUCCGUCGCAGCUCGCUGUCGAGGCAGCUGGGCAUGACCGAGGCAGCACCAAACAGUCCACAGCAGCAGCAGCAGCAGACGCAUUCGGAAGAGAGUGUUUCCCUGCGCACCUCGCCUCGAGCUGCGUCCAAUUAUGUCAUUGCCGUCGUCGGACACGAAGGCGUCGGAAAGACGACAGUUAUCCGACGCGCUGUCAAGAGUUGGUCUGGCAGUGCACCAGUGACCACCUAUACGCCAGAGGGCCAUGCUAUCUCUUCUUCCUUUGCCCAGAUCAAGGCGGGCGGCAAGCUUGCGCACGAUUGCAAUGUCGAGUUUGUCGAGGUAAACCUCAAAGCCCUGGAUCUCUCCGGCGUUGCUCAAGUGUGGCCCGCCGGAAUGUCACCUGUUUCAGGUGCUAUCCUGUGUUACGAUGCCGAACGCAGAGAUACCCUGCGCGGUCUGAGCGAGGCGCUUCACCAACUGUGUCCGGCUCUCCCGAUGGUGCUCUUUGCAUGCAAGUCGGACCCCGAUAAAAAGCUAGAGGUGGACGCGCAGGUCGGCGACUCUAUCGGCCAGCCGUACAACGUUGGGUUGAUUGAAGUCACGACCGCGGCGACUGCUCAAGGCAAACACAAAAUGCGCGCAGGGCUGCGAUGGCUUUUGUACCGGCUUGAGGAAAGGCAGCGCCGAGAGGCACGUCGUUCAGAUCCAAAUGCCUGCGGCGCCCAGCCUCUAUCCACCACUUCAUCACCCAAACCCAACGACAACAGUGAAUCAGACUCUUUCCCUUGGCUCCGUCAUUCCAACCGCGACGACUUUUCCGACGCACACUCAUCCUCAUCCAGUCUCGGGUGGAUGAUGAAGGGCAACAGGCAGAGCGCGACGACCGUGUCGACGGAGAACUCCGUCGACUCCACUCCCACACUGGAGGGUGAGAAAUCUGCCGGCGCGGCCAUUUCGAUCCCGGCAACAGUCACACCAGCCGACUCCAACGAUGCUCAAGGAUACACGUCCCAGUCCGAGCUCAUGACCCGGCUGUUCACCGCCAUCGUGUCUACAGAGAAUGACUCGUUUGUCAAUGCCUUCUGUAUGACCUAUCGCCGGUUUUGCCACCCAAGCGAGCUCAUGGCUGAGUUUCUCGACCGCUUUGUCGAGGUCGAGGGCUAUCCGGUAUCGCGCGACAUUCGAAUGUGGGCCCUGAUGAAGCUCGCUGGCGCACUGCUCGACUGGGUGACCAGAUACCCUGGUGACCUUUCCGACCCCGAGACCAGGUCCUUGUUCCAGAAGACGGUCAGCUGCAUGCUCAAGUACACCUUCUUGGGCCACAUCACAGACGACUUGGCUCUGAUCGAGGGAUCGGUUGAGGGUACCCCGGACGUUGACAUUUCGUGGUCGUGCCGCCGCUCAAAGGAUCCCCCUACGCUUACGGUCGUGGUGGGCAACGAGGACCUGCGUGAAGACUAUGAAUCGAGCAUCAACACGCCACGGGACGAGCCCUUGUCAACACGGAGCAUCGAGGAGAGCAUCUACUCGAAGCGCCCCAUGGCAUCCGACCAGACCACCACCACCACCGACUCGAGCUCUGACCUGUCUCGCUCAAUCUACUCUGGCGACGACACCGGUCACCAGCGCUGGUCGCAGGCGUUCCAUGCCGUGCUCCAGAUGGACCCGUACACUUUCGCGCUCGAGCUCACCCGCAUGCAGUGGGAAAUGUUCUCGGUCAUCCGCCCCCGAGACGUGCUCCGCCACGACCUCGGCAAGGAGCGCGACGAGCCCGUGAGCCGAUCCAUCGACUUUUUCAACCACGUCGCACGCUUCGUGUCGACCAUGGUCCUCGCUUCGCCAAAGCCCAAGAACCGCGCAAGGGUCUACGAGGCGUUUGUCAAGAUUGCCCACCAGCUUCGUCGGUUGAACAACUAUGACUCGCUCAGUGCCGUCAUCUCCGGUCUGCGCGAGACCUCGGUCCACCGCUUGGGCGAGACGCACAAGCUGGUGCGCCUCGAGCCGACGUUGGCGCGCGACUUCCAGUCCCACAUGAGGCUCAUGGACCCCCGCGGCGGAUACGUCAUCUACCGUCGUGCCCUCCAGGCGGACAGCACGUACGGCCACACCGCCAUCCCCCUCCUGUCCGCCGUCCUGUCCCUCGUCUCCCGCCUGCAGGCCGGUCGUCCAGAGGACCGUCGCCCAUCCGACGGCUUUGUGCAGUGGGGCAAGUUCCAGCGCUUUGGCGAGAUUCUCGCCGUCAUCCCCGACUUCCAGUCCCGCGGACCCAUGGUCCCCGGCACGGCUUCUGCGUCGUUCCGCCGCUUGAUAGAGGCCACCCCGGUCAUCCCGAACGAGGACGGUCUUUACGAGCGCAGUAAGCUCAUCGAGCCCGGAGGCAUCCAGGGGACCAACAUGUUGAGGAAACUCGCCGCCAACCUGGCCCUCUAG